ACCCUGUUUUCCUCCGGGCCCACGUGGUGCCGGACAGCUCCGAGCGCAGCGACGACAAGCUCUAUUUCUUCUUCCGCGAGCGGGCGCUGGAGGGCGCCGUGGGGCCCGGCGUGCUGGCCCGGGUCGGCCGGGUCUGUCUGAACGACGACGGUGGGCAGCGGGCCCUGGUCAAUAAGUGGACGACGUUCCUGAAGGCCCGGCUUAUUUGCUCCGUGAUGGGCGAGGAUGGAGUGGAGACCUUCUUCGAUGAGCUGCGAGAUGUUUUCCUGCUGCCGACUCAGGACGAGAAGAACCCCCGGGUGUACGGGCUGUUCUCCACCCUGGGGUCGGUGUUCCGGGGCUCGGCCGUCUGCGUGUACCCCCUGAGCACCAUCCGCAGCGCGUUUAACGGACCCUUCGCCCACAAAGAGGGGCACAGCUACCAGUGGGUGCCCUACACCGGCCGCGUGCCCUACCCCCGCCCCGGAGCCUGCCCGGGCGGUGCCUUCACCCCAGGACUGGGCUCCACGCGCGAGUUCCCAGACGAGCUGGUGAUGUUCGUGCGCUCGCACCCGCUGAUGUACGACCCCGUGUACCCGGCGCCGCGGCACCCCCUGCUGGUCCGCGCUGGCCUCCCCUACGGCUUCACCACGCUGGCUGUCGACCUGGCCCAGGCGGCUGACGGGCGCUACGAAGUGCUCUUCCUCGGCACCGACCGGGGCACGGUGCAGAAAGUGGUGGUGCUGCCCAAGGACCCAGGCGUCCUGGAGGAGCUGACGCUGGAGGAGGUGGAGGUGUUCAAGACCCCGGCCCCCGUGAAGACCCUCUGGAUUUCGUCAAAGCGGCACCAGCUGUACGUCUCCUCGGAUGUGGGCCUGACCCAGCUGAGCCUCCAUCGCUGUGGGGCCUACGGCCCGGCCUGCGCCGACUGCUGCCUGGCCCGGGACCCCCACUGCGCCUGGGACGGCCGCCGCUGCGCCCGCUACAGCCCCGCCCCCGCCAGGCGUGUCCGGCGCCAGGACAUCAAACAUGGAGACCCCGUUCGCCAGUGCCGCGGCUUCAACGCCCUGGCUGCCCCGGGAGCGGGUCCUGCUGCAGACGCCCCAGGGGGCCCUGCUGGGCCCGGUGACGCCUGCGGACGAGGGCCGGUACCAGUGCGUGGGCACCGAGAACGGCUACACGCGCCCGCUGCGCCACCUGCUGCUGCGCGUCCUGCCCCACGGCCUGCUGGGGGGCUCCCCGCCCCCCGUCUGCCAGAGCCCCUGGGGCCGGCCCCGGAGCAGAGCCGAGUCGUCGGGAACCAGCCGGGGGGGCCCGUCUCUGCGACGCGACCGGAGCUCCCCCCCCCGGAACUGACUGGGGGCGCCGAGGCCUGAGGCCGGGGUGAGGGGCUCGGACCCCAUGGGGGGGGGGGUUCGUUUCACAUUCCAAGGGGGACCCCGGAGCGAACCCCCCCGGGGAGGGAGCCGAGGGGGGGCUCUGCCUGGUGCCUGCAUUUCCUUUCCAUGGACAUCGGCCCUGUUGCUGACUGCAGGGGGGCCCGGACGCCUGGGUUCCCCCCGGUUUGAUUUUUAGAGUCUAUUUUUUCACGGCUGGGGGGUUUCUAACGUGGCUGGAUUUGGGUUUUUUAAAAGUAAUUUAUUUUUUAUUUCCUGUGACCCCGUCGAUGCUGUGGACAAAACCGGCUGCCAAAGAUUAAAG